AUGAUUGUAUUAUUGUGGUGCACCAAGCAAUUAUUGUUCCUUUGGUUACUGCAUAUUAUUGUUUAUAUUGGAACAGUUAAUGCGAAACUAAAAGGACGAAUCUGUGCUUAUGGUGAUAUUGAUAGAGAUCUUUACACGGAUAUCAUUGUUCAGGAUAGCGAUGGAUUGAAGAUUUAUCUCCAGGUAUUUAGGGGCUUUUUUUUAUUUGAGCUUAAAGAGAAAAUAUCAAGAAAAAAAAAACGAGGGUAG